AUGGCUUUCAAACAUGGCCGCAGCUUCGAAGCAAAGCCUUCCGCCCAUCGUGCUCGCCGGCUCAGCCAGCUUGCGACCAAAGAAGGCCCGUUUGCCCCAGCGCUUACAACUCUCUAUGUUGGCAUUUCUGCCGUCUUCAGCAACUCACACUCCGCGGUUGUUGCCGUCGCCAUCCACGACAGUGUCUACCUCCUCGACUUCUCCGUAAAAACUGUCGAAUUAGAAGCAGCAUUGGAGAGAGGAGAAGAUCCAGUUGCGGACUAUGUCAUCGCUGAAUUGGAGUCAUAUGAACACAAUAACCUCAGCAAGUUUAUCGGCGCUGGCCUGCCUUUCGAACUCGUGAAGAAGAGCCCGAAGCUAUGCUCAAGGCUUUGGUUGGAGCUCGAUAUUGUCCCAAUCUCAAUCUUGCCAGAGUCUGAAGGCCAUGAAACUGAAUUGAAGGACCGCACAUUUUGGAGCGCCAAGUGUGUGGACGAGCAGGCAGACUCGAUGGCCAGAAAAUGUAUCAUGCACUUCGGUCCCAGCCUGGCCCCUUUACUGCAAGUCGGUUACAGAGGCGUCGUCGAAAUUGACUCGGGAGGUAGAGCCCACAUCCUCACCCUGGACGAUUUCAAGAGUACUUGUAGCCAGAGUACAUGGCAUGCAAUGAUGCAUUUCGUGACUGAAUUGAAGAAAUCGAAGACCAAGAUUGCCUUUUUCAGCAGCACACCACAAGGAGGCGGGGUUGCCCUGAUGAGACAUGCCCUAGUUCGAUUGGCGAAAGUCUUGGAUGUCGACUUGAAUUGGUAUGUUCCCAAACCAAAGCCAGGAGUUUUCAGGAUCACCAAGACCAUUCACAACAUCCUCCAAGGUGUAGCAAAGCCAGAUGUGCGAAUCACUGCAGAAGAAAAGCAAGUUCUGACGGAUUGGAUUGCGGACAACGCAAAGCGUUAUUGGCUAUCCUCCGGCGGCCCAUUGCGACCUGUAGAAGAAGGUGGGGCGGAUGUCAUUAUGAUCGACGACCCUCAAAUGCCUGGCUUAAUCCCCCUGAUCAAGAGCAUAACCCCCAAUAGACCCGUUCUCUACCGAAGUCAUAUCCAAAUUCGGAGUGACUUGGCGAUGACAGAAGGUUUACCGCAACACGACAUCUGGCAAUUCCUUUGGGGUAAUAUUCAUCAUGCCGACAUGUUCAUCAGUCACCCGAUUCCCUCCUUCGUUCCUAGCAAUGUCCCGCGAAAUAAGGUUGCCUACCUUCCAGCAACUACGGACUGGCUCGAUGGACUCAACAAGGAUUUGAAUGAAUGGGAUCAAGGCUAUUAUGGACAUCUUUACAACGACCAAUGCCAUGCUUUGAGAAUGACUGAGCUAAAAUGGCCUGCCAAGAAGUACAUUAUCCAAGUCGCCAGAUUCGACCCUGCAAAAGGUAUUCCAGAUGUCGUCGAGUCUUAUGCUGAAUUUCGGCGCCUCCUCGCCAAGCACCACCCUCACAUUGAGGCUCCUCAAUUGGUCAUUUGCGGCAAUGGUUCAGUAGAUGACCCAGACGGAACCAUCGUCCUCGAUGAAACGUUCUCCCUACUCGAAACCCGCUUCCCACACCUUCUUUCAUCCAUUUCUGUCAUGCGCCUUGCACCGAACGAUCAACUGCUCAACACCCUUAUCUCUGCCUCGUAUGCCGUCCUCCAGCUCUCCACACGGGAAGGCUUUGAAGUCAAAGUAUCUGAAGCCAUUCACAAAGGCAAGCCAACAAUCGCCACCAACUGCGGCGGCAUUCCACUCCAGGUCCAGCACGGCAAGAAUGGCUACCUAGUUGAACCCGGAGAUUGGCAUGCUGUUGCUGGACACUUGCUAGAUCUGUGGACGGAUGAUAAGUUGUAUGAGGAGAUGAGCAACUACGCGAAGCAUAGUGUGAGUGAUGAGGUUGGCACUGUUGGAAAUGCCUUGAGUUGGUUCUAUUUAGCGAACAAGUGGGCAAAUGGAAAGGGUGUUCAGCCAAACGAGAAAUGGGUUAAUGAUCUUGCGAGGGAGGAGGCGGGCAUUCCUUAUGAGAAAGGAGAGAACAGAUUGCCGAGAACUAUCUAA